GCUAACCUGGCCGUGUGGCUGUCCAUGAUCGGCCUGGCCCAGUACUACAAGGUGCUGGUGGACAACGGCUACGAGAGCAUCGACUUCAUCACGGACAUCACCUGGGAAGACCUGCAGGAGAUCGGCAUCACCAAGCUGGGACACCAGAAGAAGCUGAUGCUGGCCGUGAGGAGACUCGCAGAGCUGCAGAAGGCCGAAUCGGCCAAGUACGAAGGGGGGCCCUUGCGCCGGAAGGCGCCGCCAUCGCUCGAAGCCGUGGCCAUUGAGUCGCCGCCGCCCGAGCCCGCCCCGGCGGACUGCCGCUCCCCCAAGAUGAGCACUUUCCAGGACAGCGAGCUCAGCGGGGAGCUGCAGGCGGCCAUGACGGGCCCGGCCGAGGCAGGGGCCACUGCCUCCGAGAAGCCUUCCAACCACCUGCCGCCCACCCCCAGGGCUGCCGCGCGGCCGGAGCCUGGCCUGGGUGGACGGGCCCGGCACAUGAGCAGCUCUCAGGAGCUGCUGGGCGACGGGCCCCCGGGGCCUGGCAGCCCCAUGUCACGCAGCCAGGAGUACCUGCUGGACGAGGGCUCGGCCCCCAGCACCCCGCCCAAGGAAGCCCGGCCGGGACGCCAUGGCCACAGCGUCAAGAGGGCCAGCGUGCCCCCGGUGCCGGGCAAGCCACGGCAGGCGCUCCCGCCGGGCACCAGCCCCUUCACGCCCCCUCAGACACCUACCAAAGCCCGGCCGGGCUCCCCCCAGGCCCUCGGGGGGCCUCACGGUCCAGCCCCAGCCACAGCCAAGGUGAAGCCCACCCCACAGCUGCUGCCACCCACGGAGCGCCCCAUGUCACCCCGCUCGCUGCCCCAGUCACCCACACACCGUGGCUUUGCCUACGUGCUGCCCCAGCCUGUGGACGGCGAGGCAGGGCCGGCCGCUCCUGGGCCCACACCCCCACCCGUGCUGGCAGCGGUCCCCACGCUGUGCCUGCCCCCCGAGGCCGACGCAGAGCCGGAGCGCCCCAAGAAGCGUGCCCACAGUCUGAAUCGCUACGCGGCCUCCGACAGCGAGCCGGAGCGGGAUGAGCUGCUGGUGCCAGCCGCAGCGGGGCCCUACGCCACGGUGCAGCGGCGCGUGGGCCGCAGCCACUCAGUGAGGGCGCCUGCCGGCACCGACAAGAACGUCAACCGCAGCCAGUCUUUCGCCGUGCGGCCCCGCAAGAAGGGGCCCCCACCCCCACCUCCCAAGCGCUCCAGCUCAGCCAUGGCCAGCGCCAACCUGGCGGACGAGCAGGCGCCAGAGGCCGAGACUGAGGACGGUGGGCUGGGGGUCCGGGCGCAGCGCCGGCGGGCCAGCGACUUGGCUGGCAGUGUGGACACGGGCAGUGCAGGCAGCGUGAAGAGCAUCGCAGCCAUGCUUGAGCUGUCGUCCAUCGGGGGUGGGGGCCGGGCUGCCCGCAGGCCUCCCGAGGGCCACCCCACACCCCGCCCUGCCAGUCCGGAGCCGGGCCGGGUGGCUACGGUGUUGGCCUCGGUGAAGCACAAAGAGGCCAUCGGGCCUGACGGUGAGGUGGUGAACCGGCGCCGCACACUCAGCGGGCCUGUCACCGGGCUCCUGGCCGCCGCCCGCCGGGGGCCGGGGGAGCCCACCGACCAAGGCCACCCUGUGGAGGAUGCAGCUGCCCGGCAGCGGGCUCACGGCCCGGCCAAGGCUGAGGCCAGUGCCGAGGGCCCCCCUCUGACCAGAGUGGAGGCCAGCGCCACGCUCAAGAGGCGCAUCCGGGCCAAGCAGAGCCAGUUCAUUCUGACGGAGUCCGACACGGUCAAGCGCCGGCCCAAGGUCAAGGAGCGGGAGGCCGGGCCUGAGCCGCCCCCACCGCCGCUGUCCGUGUACCAGGACGGCAUGGGCACCGUGCGGCGCCGCCCGGCCUCGGAGCAAGCUGGGGCCCCGGAGCUGCCCCCGCCGCCCCCGCCCGCCGAGCCACCGCCCGCAGACCUGGUGCACCUGCCCCCUCUGCCCCCUCCCGACAGCGAUGCCCGGAAGCUGGCCAAGCCACCCGUGUCUCCCAAGCCCGUCCUGGCCCAGCCUGUGCCCAAGAUCCAGGGCUCACCCACACCGUCCUCUAAGAAGGUGCCGCUCCCAGGCCCUGGCAGCCCAGAGGUGAAGCGCGCCCACGGCACGCCGCCGCCGGUGUCGCCGAAGCCGCCGCCGCCGCCCACGGCGCCCAAGCCGGCCAAGGCCGCGCCAGGGCUGCCGUCGGGCAGCGCCAGUCCGUCGCCCGCGCCCUCGCCGGCGCGCCAGCCGCCGGGCGCCCUCGCCAAGCCGCCCAGCACGCCGCCCUCGCUGAGCGCCGGCCCCGCCAGGCCCCCGUCGCCCGGCGCGCCCGCGCUGCACGUGCCCGCCAAGCCCCCGCGCGCCGCCGCCGCCGCCGCCGCGAUGCCCGCCGCGCCGGACGGCGCCGCCCCGGGGGAGAGCGCCCGGCAGAAGCUGGAGGAGACGAGCGCGUGCCUGGCCGCCGCGCUGCAGGCGGUGGAGGAGAAGAUCCGGCAGGAGGACGGGCAGGGCCCGCGCCCCUCGGCCGCCGCGGAGAAGAGCACCGGCAGCAUCCUGGACGACAUUGGGAGCAUGUUCGACGACCUGGCCGACCAGCUGGACGCCAUGCUGGAGUGACCCGGCCGUCCACGUCGGGCCGCCCGCCCGCGCCGCCCGGCCCGGCCCCGCACACUGACCUUUACCUCAGGACGGGCUCCCCCGGGCCGGGCGGCCGGGCUGCUCAGCCCGCGCACAAGCACAACGCCGGCCCGGCCCGGGGGCGUCAGCAGGGGGCCCGCCCGCCGGGGGCUCCAAGGGCUCUGGGGGACCCUGCUGCCCCUGGGUGCCCGUCCGCUUGCUGCUCCCUGUGCAAUAAGUGCGGGACGCCGGCCCCUCCCCACUGAGGCAGAGCACAGGCCUGGGCCCAGCACAGAGCUGCCCGCUGGGGACCCUCUGCCCGCCGCCGGGCGCAGCACACGGCCCAGAGGACUGCACCCAGAAUAUAAGCUAUCGAGAGUAUUAAUUUAUUGGGAAUGAGCUGAAGCAGACUUCCCCAGAGAAACAAAAAGGUAUAACUUUAACAAAUAUAUAUUUAAAGAAAGAAAUAUUAUUGAUUCUAUAGAAAACCAUUUACCAACUGAAAGGACACUGAUCUCACUGGAGACGCAAAGCUGUUCCCGGCCCAGGCCCGUCUGUCCACUGUCCCCCUCCCCCGCCAGGAUGACCAGGCCCCUAGCACCUGCACACACCGGGGCUUGCGGCGGGCCCGGGGGUGGGUGCUCGCCCAGGGCUCCCCCUGCCCCUCUUGUGACUUCUCCGCGUCCCCAGAACUCGAAGGAUGUGCCUUGCUCACUGAUGGGCUUGUCCUCGCCACGCCACGCCACGCCACGCGGACCGCGGGAGGGGCUCGUUCCUGGGUGCUGGCGUGGCAGCAGUGGGCAGUCGCGUCAGGGUGUGCCGGCUCCCCGGGGGCCCUGUGCAGGCAGCCCACCCGUCCCACGGAUGCUUCUGCUCCACGUCCAAGGCUGUGUGUGUGGUCCUUCUCGCCCUCUCCCCUUCCCUCCCUCCCACAGUACUGACUGGUCUCCUCUGUCGUUUGCUGAUCCACAAGUGUUGGGCACAACUUUGACAUUUCGUAAAAAAAUUUUAAAAAAUGCCAGAAACUAGCAGUUGUGUGGGGCUGAUGGAGGAGCCUGGCGGAGGUGGAGCCGGGUGCUGGGGGCCCUUCCCGACUGCCCGAUGUCCACCUGGCCUCUCCUUGGGGGGUGGCCCAGGCUGGGCCUCCAGCAAGCGGGGAGGGAGAUCUGGGCUGUCGGCUGUCAAUAAACAGCAGAAAUGCA